UGGUUACAUAGAUCAUGUAUAAACAUGUCUUAAUAAACUUCCUGGUACAAACAAAAUUUUGGGAAAAUGACAGAGAAGAAUUAAAGUAGAGUAGAAAACUAUACAGAUGAAGUGAUAUUUACCUAAAAUCAAGAGGUCAUGGCAUCCAGUAAACCUAGCCAAGCUAUCAAAACAGAAUGUGACAAACAUGGUCAACAGCUCAACUUGUACUGCCCCGGUCAUUUAAUGCCUUGCUGUGAUAAAUGUAUUUCCACUAGUCAUUCAAAAUGUACUGGAAUACAAAGUUUAUCAAGUGUAGUGGAGAAAACCAAGAUUGAAAAAUCAAAGGAAUCUGUAGAGAAGGACAUAAAUUCUAUUUUAUCUUUUUUGGAAACAUUAAUCAACAAGAAAUCCAAAAACAUAAAAUCAGGAGAAAAUCAAAUUGGUAGCAUUAAGAAAUCAAUUAAAGGAAUUAGACAAGAAAUAAACAAACAUUUAGACCACCUGGAGAAAAAGUUAUGCCAAGAAACAGAUAUUAUUUGGAAUCAGGAAAAAUCAAAAACAACUGAUUUCAUUUCUGAAAUUGAAGGUGAAAAGAAAACCUUGAAAGAAAUCAACGAACAUUUACAACCAGUCAUAACAAAUACUUCUAAACUACAAUCCUUUCUAGGCGUACAUCAGAUUGAACAACAAGUACAUCAAUGUCAAAGAUAUGUUGAAGAUCUGGAAAAAGAUGAAAGAGUCAAAGAAUUUGACAUCAAAAUGAAGCAAAAUGGUGACAUAGAAAAAAUACUAACUAAAUUAGGAUCAUUAAAAUCCUUAGGAGAAGUCAUUGUUAUAAAGACAGAAGUAGCCAUGAAUAGAGAAACAAGUGUAAAGAGGAAAGCACAAGUAGAAUCACAAGAACAAUCCAACAUAAACAACAUGACCAUGAAUAUUGAGACAAAGAUAGAGAUCAACAUGGAGAAGGUGAUUAAUGAAAUGAUUUGUCUGAUGGAUGGAAGAGUUAUAGUAGUGGAACGGUAUAGUAAUGUUUACCUACUUACUUCUGAUGGCAAACUACAGAAACAACUACCUAUACCUGGUGAACCCUGGAGUGUUACACAGAUCAAUCAGGAUACUAUAGCCAUAACUUAUCCUGGUGAGAAAGCCAUUGAGAUCUUCAAUAUGGAGAAUGAAACAGUUACCAAAGUUAUCAAAUUAGACAAAGGAUGCAGGGGUUUAUCAUUCUACAAUAAUUCUCUGGCUGUAGGUUUGUAUCCUGAUGAAAUCCGUAUUAUAGACUUGGAAGGAAAUACACUGAAGUCAAUACAAGUUGAGAGUAAAUCAUACCUGAAUCACCUUGUUUACCGUAAUGACAGAGUAAUCUAUAGUGACUAUAUAGGUAAAGCAGUAUACUGUGUGGAUGGAUCAGGUAAACAGAUCUGGCAAUAUACACAGGAUUUAUCACGACCACUAGGACUUUGUACAGAUACUUAUGGUAACAUUAUUGUAGCAGACUAUGGAUCUAAUAGAAUAAUAGUAAUAUCAAAAGAUGGACAGAAUAGUAAAGUACUGAUUAGUAAAGAGGACGGACUGGAGAAUCCAAAGUGUAUUUGUUUUAAACAUAAUGAGUCUUCAGGUUUUAUUUGUGAUUACAAUAGCACAUACUUGACAAAAUUUAAUUUAUCUACAGGAUGACAUACACACUAAGGAAUCAUAUUAUAUUAUCUGAUUAGGAAACUUUGUCAGAAAUAUACAAAUAUAUUGGUAACAAGUGGUAAUAUUUGGUGUGAAGUUUUAAUGUAGGAGAAAUGGUAGGCAAGUGUAUAAAUGUAUGUUUUUAAACACUUUAUAAAUUUCAUUCCUCUGAAGCACUUUUCUGAAUUUACCAUCAUCAGGAAUGCUCAAAGCUGAAUAUUUGAAAGCCAAGGAUGUAUAUUAAAGAACCAAAACAGUUUUGGAUAACUAUCUAAUUAAUGUUUUUAUUGUGUUGUUGGGUUACUGACUAUCUAAUGUCCACAUCACAUAUCAUAAUUUUUCCUAAGUGUUGAUAGCGGUGUAAAGUUUGAAUGUGAGAGGAAAUGAAGGCAAGCAUUUAAAUGUAUAUUUUUAUUGCAAUUUAGGGUAACUGUGUAAAUAAUGUUCAAUUCAAAUAUCCUUAUAUUCCAAUGUGUAGAUAUUUUGUGUGAAGUUUAAAUGCAGAGAGGAAAUGUAGGCAAGUGUAUAGAUGCAUGUUUUUAUUGUGUCCUUAGGUACCCGGUAAUUGUCUAAUUAAUGUUCAUAUUCAUAUCUUAUAUUCCUAAGUGUUGAUAUUGGUUUGGAGUUUGAAUGUGGGGGUAAAUGUAUGCAGGUGUGAAGAUGUGUGUUUUCAUUGUGUUGCUGGACUAUUUAUUCCUAAGUGGUGAUAUCUGUUGUGAAGUUUGAAUGUGAGAAGUAAUGAAAGCAUGUGUAUGGAGCUAUCUUUUUAUUGUGUUGUUUGGUUACUGUCUAAUUAAUGUUCGCAUCACAUAUCCUUAUAUACCUAAGUGGUGAUAUUUGGUGUGAAGUUUGAAUGUGAGAGGUAAUGUACCAGUAGGGAAGUUUGUAGAUGUAUGUGUUUAUUGUGUUGUUGGGUUACUGUCUAAUUAAUAUUUACAUUACUUAUCCUUAUAUUUCUAAGUUGAGAUAUUGGUUUGGAGUUUGAAUGUGAGAGGAAAAGUAGGCAAGUGUAUAGAUGUAUGUUUUAUUGUGUUGUUGGGUUACUGUCUAAUUAAUAUUCACAUCACAAAUCCUUAUAUUCCUAAGUGAUGAUAUUGGUUUAGUGUUUGAAUGUGAGAGAAAUGUAGGCAAGUGAAUAGAUGUUUGUGUUUUUAGUAUGGUCAAGUUAGCUAAUGUUCAAUCACAUAUCUUUAUACAUUGUACUUCUGAUUGAAGAAAUAUCUAGAAUUAUAGAUUUAAUAAGAUACUUUUUUAAAUAAUUAUUUAUGGAAAAAGGACAAUCUUUAUAAAAAAAUCAAAUAUGUAUUUACGAUAAUUUUUUAAACUUAAACCUUCAGCUCUAUAUAUAUAGGGCAUAAGAAAUAAUCAUAAAAAUAUUUAUGGAAAACUUGAAAGAGAAAAUGUAUUUAUUAUAGUAUCAGUAAAAAUAAAUAUGAUAGUUACUCAUCAUCCCCAUAUUAAACUUUAGGUGCACUAUCUAAUCAUAUCCCCUUAUUAAACUUUAGGUGCACUAUCUAAUCAUAUCCCAUUAUUAAACUUUAGGUGCACUAUCUAAUCAUAUUCCCAUAUUAAACUUUAGGUACACUAUCUAAUCAUAUCCCCAUAUUAAACUUUAGGUGCACUUUCUAAUCAUAUUCCCUUAUUAAACUUUAGGUGCACUUUCUAAUCAUAUUCCCUUAUUAAAUUUUAGGUGCACUUUCUAAUCAUAUUCCCUUAUUAAACUUUAGGUACACUAUCUAAUCAUAUCCCCAUAUUAAACUUUAGGUGCACUUUCUAAUCAUAUUCCCUUAUAAAACUUUAGGUGCACUUUCUAAUCAUAUUCCCUUAUUAAACUUUAGGUGCACUAUCUAAUCAAAUCCCCUAAUUAAACUUUAGGCGCAUUAUCUAAUCAUAUUCCCUUAUUAAACUUUAGGUGCACUAUCUAAUCAUAUUCCCUUAUUAAACUUUAGGUGCACUAUCUAAUCAUAUUCCCGUAUUAAACUUUAGGUGCACUUUCUAAUCAUAUUCCCUUAUUAAACUUUAGAUGCACUAUCUAAUCAUAUUCCCUUAUUAAACUUUAGGUGCACUAUCUAAUCAUAUUCCCUUAUUAAACUUUAGGUGCACUAUCUAAUCAUAUUCCCGUAUUAAACUUUAGGUGCACUUUCUAAUCAUAUUCCCUUAUUAAACUUUAGAUGCACUAUCUAAUCAUAUUCCCUUAUUAAACUUUAGGUGCACUAUCUAAUCAUAUUCCCUUAUUAAACUUUAGGUGCACUAUCUAAUCAUAUUCCCUUAUUAAACUUUAGGUGCACUAUCUAAUCAUAUUCCCUUAUGAAACUUUAGGUGCACUAUUUAAUCAUAUCCCCUUAUUAAACUUUAGGUGCACUACCUAAUCAUAUAUCAAACUUUAGGUGCUCUAGGCUUUCUUCUCUGAUUUCUUUGAAACUAGGAAGUUGUCUCUUUUUAAACAUUAAAUUAAAGAAUGAUCAAGAUCAAUAUAUACCAUAUUUGUAUUGAUCUAUUCACAAACCAAAAAAUUACAAACAAAAUAAAUUUUGGAGCACUUUUGCUUUAUGUUAAUAUAGCAUAAGGGAGCUACCAUUUGAUUUUUAUAUUGGGUGGGGGGGGGGGGGGGGGGG